CUGAUGCCGGUGCGGCUGCCGGCUGCAGUGCCGCCGAAAAGAGCAAGCGGGUCCUCCGCACCGUCCUCUGCAAGAUCGUCCUCCUCUACCCGAUUACUGGGAGCAGCAGCCUCCUCUCGUCCCCGACUGGGCGCAGAUGAUACCUCAUUUGUUCCGCCGCUCGAAGUACCAAGUGCACAUAUGUCGGAGGAAAAAAUAUGUGCAGCAUUGUAUCAUGCAGCUUUCGGAAAUCGGAAUUACGCGCACGAGCUGAAAUGCGAAUUUCUGUAGAAGCAUCAGACGUUUUGCGAAGAAUUCUCGAUGUUGCCUACGUCCGUAUUCCGCAUAACGAGACGUUCGCAAGUCGUACAGAAAAAGAGACGAAUAUGCACAGUAGCUUUUCGUCGAGGUUAUGCAUUUACAGAUUUUUGUUCUGUACACGUAAAGUCAAGUACUAGAAGCACGCAAAACAGGUUGGAUUUCUUCCCGACACAUUCGCAGUGGAUACGAACAUAUUGACGGGAGCGGUGACCGUGCGACGAUGACCGAUCUGGUGCAAGAGUUAGAAUACCUUGGUCUGCAUACCAGCAGCCACAACACUGCCGCUCUGAUCGUGCCAGAAGGAACAAGCAUCAUAGACGACAAGGAAUUCGGGAUGUACCCCUCUCGGGAUGUAUCCCAAGAGUACCCCGACGGUCAAAUAGGUGGCGGUGGUCAAAUAGGUGGUACUAAUCGAACUUCAACCGGGGAAGCGUACGAAGCACCAGCACGGGUUUUGAAAACGGUAACGCAGCUGCAGGAGCAACUUGGUCUUACGCGGCCGCCGAGUCACCCGUUGGAGCGAAACUUGCUGUCGAACAAGGAUGUAACCACGCGCCCGUCUAGUGGGAGCGAGAGAUUCGUGCUUGUGCCGAACCCUGCGGAGUGGCGGCUGUGGCGGAGGGACGCUUCCUCGGACUGGCACUGCGAGCGGCUGUUCGUGAGCGACAAAAUCCCGAUGGUGGACGAAGUGUACGCCCCCGCUGGAACGACCGAAGCGGACCACUACAGGCGGGGUGGAGUGAGCCAAAGGCGGGCGCGGGGCAUCUUCCAGCCGAAAUUUGACAAAUUCGAGAUCGAAGAGGCCGAUGCCGACCUGCUUCUGACAGCCCUUCUCGAUACUUCGCCCGGAGAUGAUAAACUUCUGGGCUCGUCGUCGCAGGGCGGAGAUGUCGAUCAAAGGGUGGAGAAUUAUGGGACGAAGAUCUCGGCUGUCCUGUACACUGCAAGCAAGCCCUACUGCUGGACCCCAGGCUAUGGGCAGCGGAACAAUAAAGAGAGUGGCACGACAAGAACUUCUAGUCAGGAAGAUGUAGUUGAUAACCAACCCGCAUCAUCAUGGGACGCCUGGUCUCGAAACUGGAAAAGCGAAAUACCCUGGCAGCCCGCUGGGUCUGGGGGUGUUUUGUGCAAAAUCGAGAACUUCGAUGAGAACCGAAUCAAUAUCGAAGAUGCAGAUGCUGUUGACCCAGCCAUGGUUUCCCCGUGUGCCCAGGCGGUGGAGUACGUGAACAAACUUGGCCGGGAGUUGUCCCUUCCGUCCGGAGCAAGCAGGACCGCGAGCGCGAGGUCCGCAUUUUUUGAAAAGGAGGUGAAGUUUUCUCUCCUUCCUUGGUUUGACGAAAAAAAUUACGGGCCGGGUGCCGAGUGGAAGUGCGAGAUGAUUUGUGACAUGAUAAGCCGCUGCGUCAUGUACAGUAUGCAAGUUGGAGAUGUUGAUGAAGCAGGUGGUGUUCCUGCAGGAGGUUUUCAGAAUGUUCAAAGCGGCACCCAAAAGCAUCGCCGCCUUCCACCUCCUGUGUGCUCUACGGCAUCGAUGGGACCGAAGGGAUCAAAGCCGAUGAUCCGUCUGCAGCAGGAGUGGACGUCGGCCUCGACGCAGGCGCAGCGCGGGCGCCGACUGAUAAGGCCCCCUCUUCAAAAACAGCCGCGAUUUGCGUUCGCCGACUGUGUGAGGUGUUAG